CAAUUUUCAUCUGUCAGCAAAAAAGAAAAUUCAAACUUUUGGUUCGUAAAAAUCCCAAAUUCGAACCUUCUCUCAUAAUCUACACCCAAAAAGGGAAAAAAAAGAGAGAAUGGGGAACGAGGAAGAAGAAGAAGAAGUGGUGGCUGAAGUUGAAGCAGUGGAAGCCGUGUAUGGAACCGAUUGCGUCCUUCUCCGUUCAUUCCCUCCCCAUUUCCACAUCUCUCUCAAACCCAGAACCGCUGAUGUUUCAUCCCAACAGUUUGUGGAAGCUGUUCUGGAGAUACAAGCAAGCUCACAGUAUCCAAAAGAACCACCUUCUGUUGAUCUUGUGGAUUGCAAGGGUCUGGAUGAACAAAGAAAGAAGUAUCUAUUAAAUUGCAUACAGAGUAAAGCCUAUGAGCUCUCCCCUUGUUUAAUGCUUGUAGCUCUAUGUGAGGAAGCUGCAGAGAAACUUUCAUCUAUGAAUCAUCCUGAUGGUGAUUGUCCGUUGUGUUUAUUCCCAUUGGUCCCAGAAGAUCAGGAAAGUGGAACCUUGCCUUUUAUGAAGUUAAUGUCUUGCUUUCAUUGCUUUCACAGUGAAUGUAUCAUUAGAUGGUGGAAAUGGCUUCAAAAUUCUAACAAAGUAGACUCUUCUAAUACAGAUAGUGCAGCUGCACAUCGUAACCAAGAUAAUCCUAAGAAAACGGAAGAGAGUGUUGGAAACUGCCCAGUCUGUCGCAAGCCUUUUCUUGCCAAGGAUUUGGACCAUGUGCUUGCUCUAGUUGGUUCAUAUUCUUCCCAAUUGAGUUCAGAUAAUGAAGAACUCAACGAAGAGGAAAAGCUCCUUCAAUCAGAGGAUGAGAUCAAUAGGAGACAGAAAUAUGAAGCCAUCUUAAAUUUACAGAAGGAGAACAGUGGUUUGAUUGAACCCAAAAAAGAGAUGGUAAUAUUGCCCGGUAUGUAUCUUCCACAACCAGUAGCAAUGCCCAGCUCCACACCAACCAAGGAAUCUGAUGAGCCGCAACAAAAAGAUCCACCUGCAGUUGUGCCAGAAAAACAUGCAGGUGGGACAUCCAACAGCAGCAUACCUAGUUCUAGCAGGCAGAGGAAUUUUGGAGCAAGGAGACAGAAAGCAAGAAGUGAUAACCACUCUAGUUCAACCGCAAGAAAUCCAAGAAAACCAGCCCAACAGCAGUGGGUAAGAAGAGAUAAUCCUAGCAAUAAGCCAUAGAAGUGAUGUCUUUCACUGCUAUAGGUCUUAUUAUCACAUCAAUGUUUAAAAGUUGCGAAGUAAAGUAUAGAUAGUAGAAAAAGACAGAAAUAGGUGCCUCUCGUGUGCCCCAUUUCUGUUAAAGGGGUGUUGGAGAAGCAGAAGAAGCGAAGACAAGCACAUGGUGCUUCCUUGCGCAAUUUGCUGUGUUUUUUGUUUUUCCUUUUUUGAUUCCGUGAGCAAGUUUUGACUUGACAUACUGCCUUUUUUCGUGAUAGUGUUUUCUUAAUCACGAAAUUUUCAAUAUGAAGUUAUGAAUGCUACUUUUAAGUAGUUAUGCAAUCUGCAUGCUACACAAAUGCAAGCCUUCAGAGUGUAAAGUAUAUUCAAUUCGUGGAAUGAGCAUUGAGCAUAGUUGAUUUUAAGCCUCAUGUUUCAGUUCUUGCAGAAUGAAUCUGCAUGCAACUGCAGUCUGAAGCACUAUGCUCUCUCCCUUGUUCAAGUUGUGGGUGUUUUGUCUUUCAAUCUUGUAUCUCAUGGUUUUCUAGUGACAGUCCUUUUGAGCCAAUAAUUGAUGAAAGUAUCUUUAGUAGAUUAUUGGGGAUGGAAUUAUAUUCAGUGACAUCAUUCGACCAAUGAAAUGCUCCUUAAAUGUAA